AACAGCAAUACUUUAUAAUUACUAUCUAUCAAAGAAAUUGCUGGCCAUGAAUGGAAUCCGAUCAAGAUCCCACCAAGAUCCAAAGGAUUAACCACAGAAGUGACCAAGAUCGCCAGGCGGAUAAGGUAACCCAUGGGCGCCAUUCUCGACGCGUUGGCCAUGGUUGGCGCGGGUGUCUGGGGUUCUCGGGCCGUUGCGCGGGUGCUUCUGGCUUCUCCUCUCUCUCGUUCGUUGUUUCAAUCUCUCAGCUCAGUCGAGGACAAAGAACCGCCGGAAAGGUCUCAAGGAAGCCGAUAGACUUAGACGCGUACGGUUCCAAAAUCAACGACCAACAGGCAAAGGGCCUGCAACAUUUCCAGGCAGCAGAGACAGCGCGUGCACACAGCUGUAGCCAGCGCCCGGCCCAUGUCGUCCUGUCGGUUCUGACCAGUUGAAAGCCCAUGGAGAAGCGUCGCAGUGUAUUCUCGUGAUGGGCUCCAUAUGGUCCGACGCAUACCUAUCCAGUGAGAAAGUUCAACUAGUAGGUCCGGACGGGUUUCGACGUAGAUGAUCAUAAGAAGCCGAUGGCGAUAGCAUAAAGCGAGCCAUAUGAGCGCGUUCACCAUCAUGAUACCCCACGAAGCAGUAGGGACCUCCUUGCAACUACCCUAACGAAUAUCCACAGGGAUCAGACCCCCCAGCCAGUCCAAUUGCAUCAAGCAAGAGCUUCGCUCAACGUUUCCCCACGAGAAACCUGCCAAGCCUUAGCAGUCUGCGUUCUUGUGGUCCAGCAGCAACGUGGGUGGCCCAAGAGAAAUGGAAGCGUUGACCUGGACGGCCAAACUAUGAGAUAAAGUCGCAGUAUGGCCCGGGUCUGGGGGGUAUGCUCUUCUUUCUGUUCCUGUGUGACAACGUCAUUGGCGGAGGAACCGAGGCUGCAGCACUCCGAAACCCUUGGACUAGCCUGAAUCCUAUGAAGUAUCCCGCAAACUUUGCCAUUUUCUUCGUCCUCUUUGUAAAUGAUUACUGACUUUUCGACAUCUCCGUGAACGAGGGUCCGCACAAG